CCACAAAUUACCACACGCUCAUAUCUUGAGAUGCACCAUGCAUGACGACGUUGCAAAUCAUGCGUCAGGAGUUCAUAGUUUUCUGCAUGUUAAUUACUGGAAUCCAUUGGGGGUCGAUCGAUCGUAGCAGCAUCACAUAUUUGCAGUGGCUUCUUGCUCCUUUCCUUCCAGCCAUCGCUGUUUCUUACCUGGAACGUGUGUCCCUGGCUGGUCCAUAAUCGUGUAUACGGACAGGAGAAGUGUCCCCCAAUCGCUUAGGAGGCACAGCGAUGGCGUUUCCUUUUCCUUCUUGUUGGCUUCUUGUGUGUGUGUGUCAGUGUGUGGAAAAUACCAAUUCCAUUUUGCCACCCGACUUGGUCCCAACACGAAAAGUAUCCAACUGCACGGGAGACUCGACACUCGACAGUUUACUUCAGAAGAAGGUAGCUGCCCAGCUGGAGGAAGGAGAGAGCACAACAGCCAUUGGAUAUGGAUCAGGCGACUUAAAAAAAAUCAACUUAUUACCAUACAAAUUCCAAGCCAGUUUAGCUGGAUGUCAGUCACCUGAAUAUGAUAUUUGGGUCAGUCAAUUUCGGAGGAAGAAAGCAACAACCGCCAGAGAGAGCGAAGGAAGGAGCAGCCGCCGGCCUGCCACGGAAGCAUGAGCCUCUGUGUCUAUCCUAGGGGUGCAGGGUGCAGCAGGAGUUCAGGCUCACCGGGUGAUGGCUGGGGAAAGGUGGGGCGGAGAGGUUGGCGCGGGAGCGCCGCCGGCCACGGGCGGCGGUGUCAGGCGGUUAGGCCGGUGGUAGCUCGGGGUUCGGGCUAGAAGAUGAACAGAAAAACCGAUUUGAAGGUGUAGAAAAAAAAUAGAAAAAAAAUGAUUCGGGUUCUGGCUGUUGGUUCUGCAUCGGAUAGCUAAAAACAAGUUGAGUGGCCCUAAUUCAUUUUCAGUCGACUGGUCACCCGUCCCAUUCCAAGCAACUUACCUGCACGUCAAGAAAAAAAAGAAGAAGAAAAGACACUCGUGGACAUUUGGAGUUCUGCAGGCAUGUUUUCUAGUUGUUCGUGGACCUUCUAAAUAAUGGGAUCCAGAGACCUGGUGGGAGGCGAUGACCUGUUGUGUGACAAUGCACAACAUGAUCGUGGAGGAUGAGGGUGACGAUGCUGUCGUAGAACUUGUAUCUAAGAACAUGGGUGAUUUUAUCGAACUUCUAGACCAGAAUACCGUUACAUUUGAAGAGAUUGUUCAAAUGCAUCAACAAAUUCGGCAUCGAACAACUAAAAAAGAUUUGAUUGAUCGUCUAUGGUCGGUUAAAGGGAUAACAAUAUUGGGCGUAAUGUUUACAUUUUUUAAAUUAGAACUACUGCUACAUUUGAACUAUUUUAGCUAAAUUGAAACUAUAUAUGCGGCUAUUUAAGCAUGCUGAUAUAAAAAAAAAUGGCCGAAUGUAUGAGGUUAGUUGAAUGGACGGCUCCUUAUCCGUGUUCGCGGGGGCGCGGAAUAGUCCCUCCGUUCACGGAGUGAUGCGGUCCGUGUUUGAGAUGACCUAGACUAUGUUACUACCUUCAUAGUAGGUAGUAACUUAAGGGUGGUAACAUGCAAAGAUUCAUUUAUUAUAUUAUAGACUCAUAUUGUAUUGGGACAUGUGAUGUUCCAGUAACUAGCUAAGUUACUAUAACUAUCUCUCUUCUCAUUAACUCAUUACCACAUAAGCAAAUUUGCUGAGUUGGACUUGAUGUUAGUGUUAAAGUUACUUCCACUAUGGCUAGUCUAAGAAAUCGGAUUGGGUAAUAAUUUCGUGUCUGGGCAAUGACCCGGCCGGAUGUAUAGCGGGGUUUCCAGAGGUUCGGUUCUAGAUACUCUUGCAUGUACGGUCUAAACGAAAGGCGACUUCUCCAUCGAGAUCAUCGUCAGCUUACAUCACCUGCGCACUCAUCCCCCGUACAAAAAACGCCAGAUAUGGUGGCAGCUCGUAAGCCGCGCCAUCGUGUAAUCACACCAUUCGUCUCACUACGGACAAUGCGUGUGCGUGUGCGCGCACCAGAUUAACGAAGUACACAAAUUUUGACUAAACGUUGGCAACAAAUUUCAUGAGCACGAAUCCGACGCAGGCCGGCGGCUACAGAGAUAACGACGGUUUCAUAAGCUAUAGUACGUACCAUUACCAUGGGGUCACACCGAUGCCCACUACGGUGUCAUAUAGCAAGUCAAGUGCCAGCGACGGUUCGCAGGAAACCAGAGGAACUAGCUAGCUCGAGGUACGUGAUCAUGGCGCAAAAGGAGGCCGGCGUAGGAGCCACGAGCGGCGGCGGCAAGGCCAAGCCGCACGCGGUGGUGGUGGUGUACCCGCUGCAGGGCCAUGUCAUCCCCGUCACGCACCUCGCGCUGCGGCUGGCGGCGCGGGGCUUCGCCGUCACGGUCGUCAACACGGAGGCCGUGCACGACCAGACGGCGCGCGCUCUCGGCGUCGACCCGGCCGGCUACGACUUCUUCGCCGGCGCGCGCGCGUCGGGGAUGGACGUGCGCUACGAGCUUAUCAGCGACGGCCUCCCCGUGGGGUUCGACCGGUCGCUGCAUCACGACGAGUUCAUGGGCUCGCUGCUCCACGCGCACUCCGGCCACGUCGAGGAGGUGCUCGCCCGCGUCGUGGUCGACCCGGCCGCGACGUGCCUCGUCGCCGACACCUUCUUCGUGUGGCCGGCGACGCUGGCCAGCAAGUUCGGCAUCGCGUACGUGUCCUUCUGGACCGAGCCCGCGCUCAUCUUCAACCUCUACUACCACGUCCACCUGCUCACCAACAACGGCCACUUCGGUUGCAACGGUGAAAAAUACGAUUUUUGGAAUCCACUCCAAUAUGCUUAUGUUUCAAUGCAACAGAGUGCCACUAAUAUUUUUGCCGAAAAAAUAAUAAGAGUGUUCAGAUCACUAAAGUGAGGGAGUAGUAGUAAAUUUGUUUGCUGCAAAAUGGUUUGCCAUGCCAUCGAUUUUGAAGUUUCCUUUU